UCUUUUUAUCGCGCAUAUUUUUGUCUCCUCUUAGUUCCCAUUGUACCGCUUACCGUUGCCCUUGUCAUAAUUAAAUGUUUGUUUGUUUCGUAUCAAAUGUCCGUGUCCGCUCAAUGAGUCCGUCAGUCAUCCUGCACACCACUACACGUGCAACCCCGCACGGGUCGACCGACCAUUACAAAUUCGAUAUGCACCACUCCGAGGCCUUUCAGGCGUCGCAGGCCUAAGCGUAAAGUGGAAGCCUGCGAGUCUGCCGCAACGCCGUUGUUAGAUCGGCGGGGGCCUCACCGAAGUGUGUGACAUAAUCUGGCGUCCGCGACAGGACUGGCCGACCAGGUGGUGGUGUCUGGAGGACUGACGUAACUCUGAGCGUGAGCGCACAGCAUGUAGCCGUCCUGUGAUUGUUUUUUGUUCGGCAGCUGUUUGUAGCUAUGGAGGGCACGGACUUGGAUAAACUUAUUGAACAGGGCAAGACCUUUGGUUUUAAAGGCAAAGAGUUGUAUAAUUUCGUAGAAACAGAACGAAAUAGACGGAAAGAGGAGCGCGAUGCUGAACGAAUGUGGUACAGGCAACAUGCGGAAUUCCUGAUGGAACGAGAAAAGGAAAAAUCGAGGAUAAGAAUAGAAGAAGAGAAAGAACGUUUGAAAUUGAGACAGUGCAUGACGCAGUCGGAUGACAGGUCAGUCUCUAAGGUGCCUAGUCGCGUGAACGACCCUGGCCGGAACGAGUUGGUGCAGCCAUACCUCGAAUACGUUCGAAGAUUAGGCCAGAAAAUUGAAAGCAGGCGGCACGAGUUGGAGCCAUUAAAUGUAAUGCACGAAAGGUGCAAAGAGGCCGAAUGCACUGAACCAUCGGGAGUUGGACAAAAGGAUAGUACGUGUGAUGCGAACAGCCAGUUCAAGGCAAAACUUAAUGUUUUUGCUGCCGAAAGUGCCGUUGUGGCAACACAGUCCACUGAAGGGAACAGUAAUGUCGACGAGGGGCUGUGCCGGCAGAGUUCUGCUAAUACAGAAAGGCCAUCUGUAAUUGACUUGGCACAGUCACCGUGUAUGUUCGUCGCCAUGGCAGCUAACAGUGACGUUCGCAGUACUACCGGCCUGACAGGCGAGAACCCCUGUAGAGACAGCGGGUCAGAGCCAUGUGCUGAAGCACAUUGCGAACCAGAUAAUGCAGUUGCACAGAGCUCAUUCAGGGGCGAGCGGCGCAGCCCUGAAGAAGACAUCUGCAGUGUUCCAAAAUUGGAUGAGCUCUCCGCCCGUCUUGGUGUCGAUUUCAGCACAAAUCAUCCCGGCUGUGCGGACAGUAUGACAGUUGAACCUGACGAGGCUAGUUCUGCUCUGCAGAUGAUAGGCGCAGAUUUGCCAAAAGAGAUCACCACAAAAUGUACCAAAAGAAAAAGACUCCGCACAAACAAGAGAGCAGCAAAGGGUGUAAAGCAACCCAAGAAAAGGAGAAUUGCCAAACGGCAAACCACGCCACGAAAGCUUCGUUUGAAUUUUGUGGCAUUCGCGAGUUGGGUGCGUCCAAACGCUCUAAACCGCCCGACUGGUGGAAGGGUGAGGCAUGCACCUGUUGCUCAAGCGCAGAUAAAAGGCAACGUGAGACGACAAUCCUCGUCGCUUCCCUGUGCUGUUCGAAGCGCGGAAUGCAUGGACAGGGAGCGCCUUAUGGCAGGGAGACGCGUUGUUGGAAGACCCGUUUUCGUAAAACGAGGUGUUGAUGAAGGCAUGCAACCAGGGGGCGAAUUGGCGGGACACAGGCGUCGUUGUAGCUACCGUCAUGUAUAUUGUGUUCCCUGGUAUGCAAGAGCCGCUUCAAAAGAGCGGCCACCUCGAGCGCGGGUCAGAGUUAGUUCCUUUUAAAUGAAGCGGAACCAAAUGGCAAAUGACAAGUUUCCGAAAAACAAGUUUUGGUUUGUUGCCUUGUCUACUUGGGAGUGUUAUGUUUGGUUCUCUCCUGGAGCAGCUAUUUUCCUUAGGUUGGUUCGUUGAGAGUAUUUUUCAAUUUUUUCGUGAGAUGAUCCGCCGUUUAAUACGUUUUGCGCUUGUAGUUCAUGAAGCUUUGUUGUAGCGACAAUAUUUUUUUGCAAGUAGGUAGGCCUCUUAUAGAGUUUAGUGUUCAAGGCCUAUCACGGCACGCGUUUGUGUUAUUUGUGCGAGGAUGUUAAGGUGCCUCUGAGAAUGUAGGGGCAGAUUACAUGAGUCGAGUCGAUGAUGAAGAGGCUUGCACAAAUUCGAUGAUACGCGGAUGAAGGCGUCACGUACAGGGAUCUAUAGCUCUGUAGUUCUCUUCUUUACUCCUCUCAUACGGGCGCAUUUUUUUGUUUUGCGCGAAUGCGUCGUAUCGCCCCAAUAAUGUUCUUGGUCUUUCGCUCUUGUUUUAGUUUUGGAAAUGCCCGUGGGUUUUUCCUAGCGUGCCACGUAAUACAUGUACUGUGAUGACCAUCUUGUUGCGAUGCGUAUCAUUGUUUCGCCCAAAAUGAUGGUUAGAAUAUAACUCACUCUUGAAGUGUUAUUAUAUCUUGUAAGUGUGUAGCCGUGACCGGGUGCGCGAGAUGUGACUUUGUCCAUAUUGUGACAGUGAAGUGGUGUGCGUCUUGUGUUCUGUGCGAUGUCGUCCAUAUAAGUGAAAUGGUGCGUGAAAAGGAAACGCGUUCGUGAACGACCGGGACAUGAAACUCUCUCGAACACUGUGCGUUUGUGAUUUUCUUGAAUAUUACGCAGUAAUAUUCUUGAGGUGGAGGCUGUGUCACAAACGUCUGGAAUUCUCGCUCGCCCGUCCCUUCGUGCCUUGGGAAGGGCGCCGUGGUGUCGGCCGCGGCCUAACAGGCGCCAGGCCCCGGAGACGAAGGUCGAACACGGCGACGCUCGGUUUAGAGAAAAGAGGUGCGGUGACAGGCAAACACCUCUCGCUUCCCGGAGCCGUUUCGAAUCGAGGAGAAAGCCGUGGUCUGUUCACCAUUAGUUUUGACGACCGGCGCGGCGGUCUCCGGCUCGCGGAGGAGAGGAAAUGGGUGAAGACAUCCGGGGACAGCAACAUCAAUUAUCUCGGACGUAGCCCCACGAGCCUGCUGUCACGCAUCAACAGCAAGAGAGAAUUUGACUGCUUACGGCAGUUGACGUUGAACCAGCGAAGAGCGCGGUCAUCGGUGUCGCGAGUCUCGCGUAGGCGGCGAGCGCGGAGUGUCCCGCGCAACGAAUCGAGUCGGCUGCAACACCGGGCACCCUCGUCGUCUACCGAAGCUGCGAGUCCAUCGACGGCACCACGUCACCUCCCCUACGAGUACCACGUGCUGGAAUGGUCCGUACGGAACUUUUUAUUGUGUUUUUUUUUUGUUACCGUUUUUCUUUUAUUUGAACCAGCUUUAAAAUAUUGUAUCAUGGUGCGCUGCGUCGCAUAAAAGCUCCGAAGCGGGAGCGCG